UAAAAAGGCUAAUAGCUUGAAGUUUGUUUAGAGGAAGGCUCCUUAUGCAGCGUCUACUCACAUCAAAACAUCGAGCAGGAUGGAGGAUGAAGGUUCAGGAGAUUAUAGCUCAGAAGUUUUAGAAAAUGGAAAAGAAAGGAAGGAAAAUGAUCAUGAAGAGGACUUAGAUGAUGUGGUGGAAUUGAACUCUGAUAAUGCUGACACUAAAGACAUUGAGUUUGCAGGAGAAGUCAUCAAUUUAGAUGGCAAGGAGUCUGGAGAUGAUAAGCCUUCAAGGAAAGGUGAUAAAAAGAAUGCUGAGGGUGACAAGGACAAAUCUAAAGACAGGGACAAUAAGGAUGCGAAGAAGAAAAAGUUACCGUCAACUGAGGAGGAAAUCGGGAUCACCGCUUAUGCUGGAGAACAUUCUGGCUUCUUUGGCAUCAUAAAGCAAAGAUACUCUGACUUCCAAGUUAAUGAGGUUGAUGGCAAUGGCGAAAUGAUUCGUAUCACUGAGCAGAAUAUCCCAGACGAGCCUGAAGAAAUUCCUGAUAUGCCAGAAGAGAUGCCACCAGAAUUGACUGAUGUCAAGUUUAGAGAAUUGGAUAGAAUGCUUGGUAUAUCUAAACAAAAACAAGCAUCAGAUUCUAAGGAAGACAGUCAGUUAGAGGAGCAGGAGGAAAAAGAGGGACAGGAAGAUGAAGAAAUGAAGGAAGAAAAAGAAAUAAAAGAAAUAGUAGAAAUUAAAGAACUAGAAGAGGUAGAAGAAGAAAAAGAAGUAGAAGAAAUAAAAGAAAGUUCCGAUGAAAAAGAUGAGGAUGAGGCAAAAGAAAAGGACUCAUCAAAACAAGAAGAUACAAGCAAAGAAAAGAAAGAAAAGAAUGAAGCCCCCUUGAAAGAGAGUUUACCUUCAUUAACAGAAAUAUGGAUCAAUGUAGACCUCACAGAUGAAGCAGGCAUUACUCUUAUUCAACAAGCUAUCAAGGCAAAGUAUCGUGGUGUUGACACUGUCUAUGGAGAGACUUCAGAUGGAGGAAAAUACAUUGUUAUUAGAAAGAGAAAAGCUGGUAGUGUGCGGCGAGACAAAACUGGAUGGCCAAAGGAUCAGUUAUACACAACAUUUGUGCUCUAUAAGGAAAAUGUUGAAACUGUGGAGGCUAUCAAUCAAAUUGCCUGGAAAGCCAGGGUAAAGCCAAGCAGUUUUACAUAUGCAGGAACAAAAGACAAGAGAGCUAAAACCAGUCAGCUUGUAUCUAUUAAAGAAGUAGCACCACAAAGACUGUGGCUGGCAACAAAAAAUUUACGAUCAAUACACAUUGGUAACUUCCACUUUCGUGAGAAACCACAGAGGUUAAAUCUUCAAUUUGGAAACCACUAUCGAAUUGUCUUAAGGGAAGUUGAUGGAACAGAUGAGGAGAUACUUGAAGCUGUUGAGUCAUUGAAGACUAAAGGGUUUAUCAAUUACUAUGGCACACAACCAUUUGGCAGCAACUGCAACUUUAUGCGUGGUAUUGGUUGUGAAUUACUCAAAGGCAACUGGCAACAGGCAGUUAAUUUGAUCCUUGCUCCUCGUGAUAAUGAUGUUCCAGACCUUCAUCGUUGUCACACCACAUGGAAGGAAACAGGAGAUGCUGAGGCUGCUCUUAAAAUGCUGUGUAAGGGCUGGGAGGCAACAGUUGAAAAUCAGUUAUUAACUGGGCUAUCACAGUUGACAGGAAAUGAUCUUGUAGAAGCCUUGAACCGGAUCCCACGCACUACUCGCACACUAUACCUUCAUGCAUACCAAAGCUGGAUGUGGAACACUAUAGCUUCUCGAAGGGUCAAAAAGUAUGGAUUGAAGGUGCUACCUGGUGACAUUGUCCGACGCAAGGGCUCCAGUACUGAAGUGGAUGAAUUGGAUGAGGAAAGCAAUGACAAUGAUGGUGAAGGUGAGGAAGGUAAAGAAGACUCAGAAAUCAAGCCUGAGAUGGAAGCAACCGAGACCAAUGGUCAAAAUAUGUCUGGUUUCCACUUCCUGACCGAGGAAGAAGCAGAAGUUGCAGACAUUGCAGAUGUGGUACUGCCAUUACCUGGGUAUAAUGUGGAGUAUCCAAACAAUGAAAUCAAGGAUUGGUAUGCUGAGAUGCUUGAGGCUGAUGGGCUCACUUUCAGUGCUCUCAAACAUGAAAUUAAAGCUUAUGCAGCACGAGGUGUUUAUCGAAGAAUGGUGGUGGUGCCCACAAAUACGUCUGGAAAAAUAUGUUACUACAGGGAUGCAUCCAAAUCACUACUGCAGUCAGAUAUGGACAAGUUGUGGGGAAUUAAAGUUGAGGACAACAUUCUUAAAGGUAACAAUUUAAAACAAUUGAAUUUUUUUAAUUCUUUCUUCCUAUUUAUUUUUAAUCUUUUAACUGUAAAAAUAUAGCUCUACAUUCUUACU